AAAAGAGGAGACAUCGGCGCGCAGCCGUCCGCUUUCCAGCACUCCGGGAUCUCGAGAGAACUGCGGUUCUCGCGAUCUUUCCGGAGCCGAUCCUCCACGCGGUGUCCGAGUGCGUGUGCUGUAACAGGAAGGCAGGGAGGGUUCCGACUCUACGGGAGGGAGAAUCCCCUUUGGCCUGCCCUACGGAAGCCUGCGAGGGAGGGCGGCGUUCGCUGCGUAGUCCAGUUGCCCAGAUGCCCAGCGCCAGCGCCUGCCGCAAGAGUCAGGAGAAGCCGCGGGAGAUCAUGGACGCGGCGGAAGAUUAUGCAAAAGAAAGAUAUGGAGUAUCUUCAAUGAUACAAUCACAAGAAAAACCAGAUCGAGUUUUGGUUCGAAUUAGUGACUUGACAGUACAAAAAGCUGAUGAAGUUGUUUGGGUGCGUGCAAGGGUUCAUACAAGCAGAGCUAAAGGGAAGCAGUGCUUCUUAGUCCUACGUCAGCAGCAGUUUAAUGUCCAGGCUCUUGCAGCCGUGGGAGACCACGCAAGCAAGCAGAUGGUAAAAUUUGCUGCCAACAUUAACAAAGAGAGCAUCAUAGAUGUGGAAGGUGUUGUGAGAAAAGUGAAUCAGAAAAUUGGAAGCUGUACGCAGCAAGAUGUAGAGUUACAUGUUCAAAAGAUUUAUGUGAUCAGUUCAGCUGAACCCCGCCUGCCCCUGCAGCUGGACGAUGCCGUUCGUCCUGAGGUGGAAGGAGAAGAGGAAGGAAGAGCUACUGUUAACCAAGAUACAAGAUUAGACAACAGAGUCAUUGAUCUUAGGACAUCAACUAGUCAGGCAGUCUUCCGUUUCCAGUCUGGCAUCUGCCAUCUUUUCCGAGAAACUUUAAUUAACAAGGGUUUUGUGGAGAUCCAAACUCCUAAAAUCAUCUCAGCUGCCAGUGAAGGAGGAGCCAAUGUAUUUACUGUGUCAUAUUUUAAAAAUAAUGCAUACCUGGCUCAGUCUCCACAGCUGUACAAGCAAAUGUGUAUUUGUGCUGAUUUUGAGAAGGUUUUCUGUAUUGGACCAGUAUUCAGAGCUGAAGACUCUAAUACCCACAGACAUCUAACUGAAUUUGUUGGUUUGGAUAUUGAAAUGGCUUUUAAUUACCAUUACCAUGAAGUUGUGGAAGAAAUUGCUGACACUUUAGUACAAAUAUUCAAAGGACUUCAAGAAAGGUUUCAAACUGAAAUUCAGACGGUGAAUAAACAGUUCCCAUGUGAGCCAUUCAAAUUUUUGGAGCCAACUUUAAGACUAGAGUAUUGUGAAGCAUUAGCUAUGCUUAGGGAAGCCGGAAUUGAAAUGGGAGAUGAAGAAGAUCUAAGUACACCAAAUGAAAAACUGUUGGGUCGUUUGGUAAAGGAAAAGUAUGAUACAGAUUUUUAUAUUCUUGAUAAAUAUCCAUUGGCUGUAAGACCUUUCUAUACCAUGCCUGACCCAAGAAAUCCUAAACAGUCCAACUCUUACGAUAUGUUCAUGAGAGGAGAAGAAAUACUGUCAGGAGCUCAAAGAAUACAUGAUCCUCAGCUGCUAACAGAGAGAGCCUUACAUCAUGGAAUUGAUUUGGAGAAAAUUAAGGCAUACAUUGAUUCCUUCCGCUUUGGAGCCCCUCCUCAUGCUGGUGGAGGCAUUGGGUUGGAACGAGUGACUAUGCUCUUUUUGGGCUUGCACAAUGUUCGUCAGACCUCAAUGUUUCCCCGUGAUCCCAAACGACUUACUCCUUAAGGAAACUGUUGCUUUUUAUUCUUUCCAGUACCUGCUAUUAAUCAGGCUGUACCUUAGGUACUUAAAAUAUGCAAUAAAAUAAAUGUCUUAUCCAAAGUGCCACAAUUACUUUCGGACUAAUUCAGUAUAGGUUACUUUAAAAGAGAAGAUUUUUAUAACUUCGGACAUGCUUCAGUAGGAAAUGGUUGAACAUUUUAAUGAAAAAUUCAUAUUGUUAUGUUAAACGUUCAUAUAUUGCAUUACUACAAUAAAUGUUAACAGCAAUUUUAAACAGAUAAUAUUGUGUAAAUUUUCUUUUCUAUAUUGCAGUGGCUACAAUAUUAAUGUCUUACAUUUUCAAUAUUUGGUCUUAUUUUUUUAAAUUCUGACGUUGAGGUAAGAACAAUUUUAGGGGAGUAUCUGAGAUUUUAAUGAAUGUAUAAUUGGCAUAUCAUGGAAAAUUAGGCAGAAAAUAUCAAUUCUUAAAAAUUGUGCUCAGAAAUCAUGUAAAGCAGGUGAGAAUACUGGUUAGAAAAUAUACAAUAUAAUAUUAUAUUAAAUUGUUGAAUAAUCUAAACCUGAAUUUCAAUAAAAUUUUAAAGCUAA